CCCAGCAUUUGAAUAUUUUAAUUUGUUUGUGUUUUUGUAUCUUUUGGAUUUGAAGAUUAUUAUGUCCUAGCACAAAGCUCCUGCAGGAUGGCAGGCAGUGGAUAGGGCUCAAAACAGGGACUUUUUAGAUGACUGUCCAGAGCACAUACCACAUGACCACCCAGUCAUUUUUGAGGCCUUAGUGUACUAUAUUUUUUCUUUUUUCUCUCUUUUUUUUGUUAAAAGCUUAAAAGUUUAGCUAGCAGCAGUCUGCACAUGAAAUGGAUCCAAGAAAAGAAAGAACUCUUUUGAAAUAUAUAUCUACACUUUGGCAGCACAAUGUCUGUCAACUCUUAGACUUGAGUGAUUUUAUGUUUUUUGUGGAUAUUGUGAAGCUGAUAGGACAAGAGAAGAAAUCUUUGAUCAAAAGCCUUCAGUGUAGAUGUAUGGAAGUUGAAAUAUUUCUUCAAGAAUAUUUCAGAAGUGACAUAAGUCAAUGGAUCAAUUUUGAGAAGGCUCUCAACUUUAACAAGCAAUGGGAUGCUGACAUUGAACUGGCCAAGAUUGCUGUGGUUCUCAUUGCGAUUGGUGUCAUCAGCAAGUCUCAGCAUUACUUCUUUGAUUGUGCGCUGGAGCUUCCUGAAAUAAUGCACUCUGACCUGAUGUCUAUGCUCAUGUCAUGUAUGCAAUCUGGUAGCUACAAAUUAGUUUUGACAAGUCGCAUUGAACAAGUCCUGCUAGACAAAUCAGGAAGCCAAGAUCAAUUGCAACACAUUUACUCCCCUUUGAACUCUAGAGUAACCUCUCUUUGUUUGUUUCGCAAUGAUAGCCCACUUAGGGCCAGAGCGUACAAACUCAACUACAACCAGGACAACAUGAGGUCACCAUUAUGUCAAAGUGGCGAGCCUCUGUAUUCUGUACUUUCACCUUCAAGAAACAGUCAAAUUGAAUCUAGCAUGGAAUCUUCAGUUAUCAUAUCCAUUCAUGGGGAGGAAGGCAAGAAAGACGCAACAUUGUCCAAAUUAAAACAACAGUUAUAUGAUGAAAUAUGCCUGAAAGAUGAGUUGCUGUGUCAAUUGGCAGAUUUGAAAUCAGAACUGCGAAGGAAGACUUCAGAGAACUUGAAACUUGAGGAAAAGAUGAAAGAAUUACUAUAUUUACAAAAUGUGUUUGAUGAUUUCCAAGGAGUUGAGCUGCAACUCAAUGAAGCCAAAACUUAUAUAAAUGAGUUGAACAAGAAAAUAAAACAUCUUCAAAAAUGUCAAGAGUUAUUUCAAGAACAGCAGCUGGACAUUAACUCCCUUUAUGAGGAGCUGAAUACAUUAAAAAUCAAGACACACUCUGAAGAACAGUUGAAAUUGAAACUAAUGGAACUGGAAGAAAAUAUCAGAAUUAAAGACGCCGAGAUUGUGUUUCUAGAGGAGGAGAAUUUGAUGUUGAGGCAAUGUAAAGAUGAAGAAGACAGCUUAAGAGAAAGUCUGGAAGAGACGCUAGAUCUAAACAAGUCACUGAGGGAACACUUAAAGAGUUUACAAGAACCUUGGGAAGGACCAGCAUUCAAGUGUCCCUCAGAUUGUGGUCUACCAAUCUAUUUUGAUAUACAACUAGCAGAACUGAAAGAAGAACUUGGGAAUGUCAAAGAAGAAAAAUGCUCAUUAGAAAAUCAAGUAGGGAUCUUAAAGUUGGAGUACCAAAUACUCAGAGACCAAUUUGAUGAAUCAUUGAUAGAGAUAGAAAUGGAGAAAGAACAUUUCCUACAAAUUCUUCAAGUCAAAGAUCAACACAUUAGUGAAAUGAAAAACAACUUAGAAAAACUUAAAACUGAGAUUGUGGCCUCUCAAGUUAAAAUCAAAGAUCAAGAAUUAACAAUAUCUGAGCUAAAAACAGCUCUGUCUGUGUGGGAGAAACAUAUUUGUUUCCCUUGUUCGAACAAGCAACACAGGAAGAAAAGCAACAAGAAAAACCUAGAGAUGGAACUUGCUCAGAGUGGCACAUUAAAACAGGGAAGAGCUGAAAGAAAGGACAAUGUUGCUGAGUUGAGAGACACAACAAAAUAUGUAUCCACUGAGGCCGAGUCUAAGGAAAUAUUCGAUAUCACAGCUUUCAAGCAAGAAAUUGAAAGAGUACAGCUUGGUGAACUAGAUGAUAGAAUGAGUUUAUAUAGUCAAGUGCACCCUGGGUCUGUCUCCACCUCACCUGUCUGUGGUGGUGUGAAUGAAAUAAUGCAACCUUUAGAUUCCUGGGCAUACAAUUUCAGAACUGCUGAGAAUAAUUCUGACAUUUGGGACUCAGGGAUAGAACAUAACCCCAUCAGUCCCAGAGUGGAUUCUCAAACGACUGUUUUAUCACAUCUGUCCGAUAAUGUUUUAGCUUCAAAAAACACUUUCUGUGAGGCUCUUAGCACUUCUAGGAUGGAUUGGGCAGUCAAUGGGAUGGAUUCUGGCCUAGGAUUAGAAGAUGAAGGUAACGAUCAAUCUCUGGUCUCAUUGGAUGGCCAGGAUAUGCCGAAAGAGCUUCCUCCUAUCAGUUUAGUGAUGCCAGUUAGGUUAGAGAGAUCGCAGUGUACUCCCAAAAUUUCAGACAAGAGGUCAGAGUUUAUUUCUAACAAAGGUGACAAGGACCCUCUAAAAGUGACAAGUCAAGAGAAAAAUGUGUUUUACAAAUUGCUGAAAAAUAUUUCUGUAGCCCUUACCCAGCUUAAAUAUUUAAAUCAGUCAUCAAGGAGAACAAAGAGACUUACAUAUGAUCUUAGCUCAAGCAGGGCUUCCUGCAUUAGUUCCAAAUUAGAACAUUCACCAUCAAGAGCAUCAAAUGAAGGCAUUAGUUCCAAAUUAGAACAUUCACCAUCAAGAGCAUCAAAUGAAGGCAUUAGUUCCAAAUUAGAACAUUCACCAUUAAGAGUAUCAAAUGAAGGCAUUAGUUCCAAAUUAGAACAUUCACCAUCAAGAGCAUCAAAUGAAGGCAUUAGUUCCAAAUUAGAACAUUCACCAUCAAGAGUAUCAAAUGAAGGCAUUAGUUCCAAAUUAGAACAUUCACCAUCAAGAGCAUCAAAUGAAGGCAUUAGUUCCAAAUUAGAACAUUCACCAUCAAGAGCAUCAAAUGAAGGCAUUAGUUCCAAAUUAGAACAUUCACCAUCAAGAGUAUCAAAUGAAGGCAUUAGUUCCAAAUUAGAACAUUCACCAUCAAGAGCAUCAAAUGAAGGCAUUAGUUCCAAAUUAGAACAUUCACCAUCAAGAGCAUCAAAUGUAGGCAUUAGUUCCAAAUUAGAACAUUCACCAUCAAAUGAAAGCAUUAGUACCAAAUCAGAACAUUCACCAUUAGGAGCAUCAAAUGAAGACAUUAGCUCCAAAUUAGAUCAUUCAUCAACCAGGACUUCCAGUGGAGAAAUAAAUUCUACAUUAGAAAAUGCUCUGAACAAAACUUAUAAUAAGGCCGUCAGUUCAACAUACACCUAUAAUACACCUAUUAGAAAUUCUCAUGAAUGUAUCUAUUCCAGGAUGGAAUACGGUGUUAACAAAGUAUUAACUGAAUGCCACUUUAUGCCAGACAUCAGGCAGGAGAGGGUUAAGUCAUCAAAAGUAAUAUGUGAUGUAAAAGAAGUUUCAAAGAGUUUUAAUCAUGACAAUAUGAAAGUACAUGAGCUUUGUCUCAUAGAUCUAGACAGCAGUUCUGAAAGUUUGAUUGUACCUGGACAAUGUAAUACCUGUAUCUCAAAAACUGAAGAUUUGACUUUUCGUGAGUUGCAAACAUUAGCUAAGAUUAAUGCCCCUGCCGUCAAAGAGAUUCAAACAAUAGUUGAGAUUAAUGCCCCUGCAUGUGAAGAGAUGCAAACAAGUGGGAAUAAUGCCCCCGCCAUUGAAGAGGUACAAACAACAGUCAAGAUUAAUGCCCCUGCUAUUGAAGAGUUGCAAACAGUAGUCAAGAUUAAUGCCCCCGCCAUUGAAGAGUUGAAAACAGCAGUCAAGAUUAAUGCCCCUGCGAUUGAAGAGUUGAAAACAGCAGUCAAGAUUAAUGCCCCUGCAAUUGAAGAGUUGCAAACAACAGUCAAGAUUAAUGCCCCUGCUAUUGAAGAGUUGCAAACAGCAGUCAAGAUUAAUGCUCCUGCUAUUGAAGAGUUGAAAACAGCAGUCAAGAUUAAUGCCCCUGCUAUUGAAGAGUUACAAACAACAGUCAAGAUUAAUGCCCCUGCUAUUGAAGAGUUGAAAACAGCAGUCAAGAUUAAUGCCCCUGCUAUUGAAGAGUUACAAACAACAGUCAAGAUUAAUGCACCUGCUAUUGAAGAGUUGAAAACAGCAGUCAAGAUUAAUGCCCCUGCGGUUCAAGCUCAGGGAGUAUCCCAGCUACCUGUCCAGUCAGAUCAAAUCAAGAUCAAUCUCAAACGGGGAUCAUGA